AUUAGGAACUGAUCAAUGUAUUGAAUAAUAUGUCUCUGAAUCAGGUUAGACUCUCACUUUCAAAUGCUUUAAAAUAUGAGGAUGAUAAGAAUUAUGUAGAAGCGUUUGCUCAGUAUUUGUGUUGUAUUGAUUUAAUUACCUCUCAACUUAGACAAUUAACUACUGGUGAUAAAUCGGAGAAGGGCACAUCUUGGUCUGUUGAUUUGGGUUCACAACAAUUAUUCUUCUUUGCUAGAGAAUGCCUCUAUAGGAGUGAAUUAAUUUUAAAGAAUAGGAAAAGUUACUUUGGUGGUAUUGAUGAUUCAAAUGAUGAGAGGGGAACCAAUGAAGAAGACUCCACAAUUUAUCCCUCAUUAGGAACACCUGUAGAAUCAUCCACUAAAAAGAUUGGAAGUGGUGGCGGAUUAAUACUUGGCAAUCAAGAGUUUGGUUUACACUCAUCUUCAUCAUUCUCCGAUUCUAACAGUAGUAGAAUCAAAAUAUUUACAAAGAAUGGAUCAUCCUUUUUCACUAAUAAUUCAACUUCCACACCACCAACCAGCUCAAACACUUCUUCCUCCAGCUCUCUUACUGUAACUAAUAGUUCAAGUUAUAUCUUAGAUAGAUCACCCAGAGGAGAUCGAACUUCUCUGACAAAACCUUUACCACCCACUAACGUUUCUGUAAACAAUACUCCUUCCACUAAUGAAAAUUCAACAAGAAAAAGAACUCCCCCUCCUUUCAAAAGAAAGAGUUUAUCAGAAGUGCCAUCAUUGUCCCUUCAAAGAGAAUCACCUGAAAGACCAAAGCCAAAGGUUCCACCUAAAAUUGUAUCUAAGGACAAUCUUCAAGAUGAAAAAAGACUUUGUAAAACAGUUGAAGAUGAAAAAUCAGCAAAACCAUCAGGAUCAGUUAAACAUCUUUCUGCUCUUUUUGAACAAGCUAUGAAUAACACAACCCCUGAAAAACCAGUACAAAAGGAACUGAAAAGUCAAACACCAACUUCUCAACAAAAAUCCUCUCCUAACAGUAAUGAUCCAUACAAUCUCUCCAUAAAGAGCACACCGGUCAUACCUCCUCUUAAUUUUCCGCCUCAACCAAUACAACCAGUUAACCAAUCAAUGGAUAGCGCAAAAGGCACACCAAAGUUUGAAGAAAAAAAGAACUUACAAAGAUCUCAAUCUGAAUUCCAAGUAACUCAGAAAAAAUCAAAGAGAAAGUCACUAUCUCAAAGAAUGAUCAGCAAUAUUCAAAAAAGAGAGCUUACUAAUAAGCUUUCAGAUGAAGAACACAAAUAUUUCAAUGCUGUAUUUGGUUAUAUAGACGGACAAACAAAAGAUAAUGUUUUGGAUAUUCAUGAAUUUGUAAAGCAUUUAUCCUUGGUUGCGUUUGAUAAGGAGUUUUUAUUUGAUUUUUCAGCACCAUAUCCAACAGUGAAGAAAUCAAAAAUUCUUAAUAGUUUUGGAGGUAGAAUUUUUAAUGCAUUUGAUUCUAACAGGAGUGGAUUAAUAGAAAUGUCAGAUUUCAAAGAAAACCUUGCAUUGUUAUAUUCUAACAAUAUUGUUGAUGAACAAAUAUUAUUUGGAUUCAAUAUUAUGGAUAAGGAAGGAAAUGGUAGUGUAACAAGACAAGAAUUUAAAUUGUUAUUUCAACAAAUAUUUUCAAUUCUGGAAUAUAUGGGACUUUAUGUUUCCAACUCGGCCUUAAGUCCUACUUCUCCUUCAAACUUUGUUCUAAUAGGAACUAGUGAAACUCUUAAUUAUGCUGGUAGUGUAGCUGAUAGAAUUUUCAGCUGUAUUACCAACAAUGAUUCUUUUACGGCUCAAGAUUAUUUGAAAGCAAUCAAACAAAAUCCCUUCUUAAUACUUGGAUUUUCACAAUUUCCAAUAGAUUCAAAUUUACAAUCCAAAUUAAUGAAAAAUCUUCCGAGAAAUGGUGGGUAUCCGGUUUUAUUUGGCCAUCCUUCAUUUCAUAAGGUUUUAUCAAUGAUGUUAGGUAUUAGAGCUGCACAGGAAAAUAGAUCUAACUUUUCAAAUGACUAUCUUUAUAUGAGAGAUUUCAAAUAUACUUAUUCUUUUGAGAUCCCACUAGCAAAAUUUUUGACAUGCAUCAAGCAAGAUGGAGUUAGUGGUAAUGAUGAAUCGACCAGGUACAUUGAUGAACAUAUCACAUUUACAGAUUUUGCUCCUCUAGUAUUUAGAAAUAUUAGAGCAAUAUUUGGAGUUUCAGAGGAGGAAUAUGCUUUGUCUUUUGGGCCUGAAAUGUUUAUUAGUAAUUUAUUAGUAGGAAGAUUAACCUCACUGAGUGAAAGACUAACUGAUGGAAAAAGUGGAAAUUUCUUCUUCUAUACAAAUAAUGGUAGAUUUUUAUGUAAAACUAUUUCUACAUCAGAAUUCGAAACAGCACUAGUAUUUUUAUCUCAGUAUUAUACUUAUUUACAUAGAAACAGGAAUACACUCCUUACUAGAAUAUACGGUCUUCAUAGAAUUAAUGAUACCUACUUCAUUGUAAUGGGAAAUGCUUUUGACACUCAAUUACCUAUUGACAAAAUUUAUGAUUUGAAAGGAAGUACAAUUGGUAGAUUCAAUUCAUCUGGUGUUGGAAUAUUAAAAGAUUUAAAUUGGAAAGAUUCUGAGCAAUCUUUAAAUUUAGGAUCCAAGAAGGAGUGGUUCUUGAGACAGGUUGAGUCAGACACCAAAUUUUUGGAGGCAAAUGAAAUAAUAGAUUAUUCAAUGCUUGUUGGUGUUCAUGAAAUCAACAAGUUACGAGAAAAACCAAUUAAUUAUAAUGAUCCUUUCCAUAUUUCUCCUCCUCCAAGAACAUUCUAUCAAGAAGAAUGUGGAGGUAUGAGAUCAAGCCUAGGAGAUGAAUAUUAUUUUGUUGGAAUAAUUGAUAUUUUGAUUCAGUAUGGCCUAAAAAAGAGAGGAGAAAACCUUAUCAAAACUCUCUAUUUUGGUGGUGAAAGUGGUGUGAGUGUGGUUGAUCCAAACAUGUAUGCAGGGCGAUUUUUCAAUUUUAUUAAAAGUAUUACCGAUUAAU